GUUUUCCACAGAGGUCAAGUGGUCAGGAAAAGAAUCGUUUUUGUUGACUAUUCGAUUCCAGUCAGCCUCAAGCGGGCAGGUCGUGUUAAGUGCAUUCUGGGAAAUGUGGUUGUGUUGUAGCUUACGUUCUGAUUGGCCGCCGUAUGACCUUUCACUUGACACGUGGUUUAAAAACUUCAGGCGAAUGGCGCGGGAAGUUGUCACAACGCGCAGCGUUGCGUUCAGCUCAUAAACGUGUUUGUUUGCACUUCCGUCGUGCGACACGGACUCCCGGUCUGGUAAGUUGUAGUCCUUCGGGUCAGCGUCCAGUGCGCGGCGGCUGACGUCGCGUUAUCGUGAUGAGUUGGACGAACAGGGCGGGUCGCUUUUAGCUGCCGGGGGCCGCCGGCACAUCGCGUGCUGUAGCUCCCUGUGGUCAUCAUGAGCGUGUUGGAGGUGAAGUUCAUCGGUGAUGGAGACGCUCUGCAGCACAUCGUGGAUAAACAGGAGGGUGUGCAGAGCAACAGUGGGUCUGUUCAGAAGAUGGUAACCUUCAAGAGUCCAGCAGGACGACGAGCCAAAGAGGACGCAGGACACGAUGGGGCUGAAGAUGAAGUCCUCGAUGAGCAGGACUAUGUCCAAGCUCUAGGAGCAGGCAAUGCAGAAGAAGAUGAAGAUGGCAUAUACAGAGUGGCGGGUUCCUCCAUUUUUACCUUUAAAAAAGCCAAACGUGGACACAGCAUGGCCCUGACUGCGAGCGAAUUGGCACGGACUCCUGGGAAAGGUGUGACCUGCAGCACGGCCUCCGGCAUUGAACCCUCGACUCCAACCCGGAGGGGCCGCAACCUCAGAGGUGGAAGCAGGACGCCACAGAAGAGCAGGAAGGUUCAGUUUGUCUCCACGACACCCCACAGGCUGAGGAAGAGAAUGACAACUCCCAGCUUACGGUCAGACAGCGAUAGUGAGCUGUCGCCCUCCGACUCUGAGGAGGAGGAGGAGGAGGAGGAGGAGGAUGAGACGAAAGAAAAGAAGGAAAACCAGGAGAACUUGAAGACCCUGAAAACACCCCGUAAAGGUUCAUCUGCCGCGCUCUACAAGACUCCUGCCAAGAAAAGCAAGUCCACAUCUGAAGCCCUCAAUCAGCCUGGUAUGGUUGAGGAGUAUUUUGAAGCCCACGGCAGUUCGAAGGUCUUAACCUCAGACCGCACACUGGCACGUUUACACACCCCUAAACUCGACAGGGAGACUUUGGUGCAGCUUCUAGAGGGAAAACCGUCCUGCUGCUCCGAAGAGAUCCAGCAGCUCCACAGCAAACACCAAAAGCACUUCAGCAAGUGGAUGUUACAGUUACAGUUGGGAUUCAGCGUGCUGGUCUACGGUUUGGGAAGCAAAAAGUCUCUGCUGGAGGACUUCCGUCUGUCUCACUUGGCUCAGGAAAUCCACCUGGUGGUCAACGGAUUCUUCCCUUCCAUCACGCUUAAAUCAAUUUUAAAUGCCCUGACAUGUGAGGUUCUAGAGCAUCAGGGAAGUUUCCGGACCCCCUCAGACCAGAUCCAGUACAUCGCUGAGACCUUUAAAGACCGCCCGGAUCUCCACGUGUACCUGCUGAUCUACAACAUCGACGGACCAAUGCUGCGAGCAGAGAAGACCCAGAGUGCACUGGGGCAGCUGGCGUCGCUGCCCAACCUGCACUUGGUGGCGUCGUUAGACCACAUUAACGCUCCGAUGGUGUGGGACCAGUUUAAGCAGAGCCAGUUUAACUGGUUGUGGUGGGAGUGCGUGACUUUCCAGCACUACACGGAGGAAACGUCUUACGAAAACUCUCUGCUGGUGCAGCAGACCGGCGCGCUCGCUCUGUCCUCCCUUACUCACGUGCUACGCAGCUUGACUUCCAACGCAAGAGGAAUUUUCCAACUGUUGGUUAAAUUUCAGCUGGAAAACAAAGAUAACCCUUCAUACACAGGAUUGUCAUUCCAAGAUUUCUACCAGCGAUGUCGAGAGGCGUUCUUGGUGAACUCUGACCUCACACUGAGGACUCAGCUGACUGAGUUCAGAGACCACAAACUGAUCAGGACCCGGAAGGGUGCGGACGGAGUGGAGUACUUGGUCAUUGCUGUGGAUGCAAGCACUUUGAUGGACUUCCUGGAGAACGAAGCGGGCAACUGAGACUUGUACUGCUCGCACUUGGUCCACUAACAGCCAGCUGAGGCGACUGGUUGAAUCGGUCACUGCUCUUAACGGCCGGUGACCUCUGAAGAUGAAGACAGGCACCGCACAAUUUUGAAUAAAUGGUUUGAACUAUAACUAGUGGUCAAAUGUUUU